GGUAGUUCACAACGGUAUGUCAAAAAUUGAUUUUCGUCUGCUCAUUAGUCCACUAGCUUUUCUGUUAGUGUUACUUGGCCACGUGCGCUGUUGAACAUUCGUCACCAAGCAGUUUUAAAAUGAAGAAACAAUUACGCGCUAAAAGUCACCGAUUGCCUCUCAGGAGGAAGUAUACUAUCCUUAAAAAGAUCAAGGAACACAAGAGAAAGGUUAAUCGUGAUUUGAGAAGAAAUCCAGAAAAGAAACGCAAGCCUCGUACAGAUCGUGGGGUGCCAAAUUCAUGUCCUUUUAAGGAGGAAAUUCUUUUGGAUAUGGAGAAACUAAAACAAAUUAAAGAAAGAGAGCAAGAAGCAAAACGAGCUGAAGUCCUUGCAAGACGGAAAGAAUUUAGGGAGGCCAAACUUAAUGGGAACAGAUCCAUAGGAAAUAUUGACACUAUGGCCAAGGACGCUGAAAAGCGAGAUGCAUUGUUUCAGAAGAAAAAUUUUGAAUGCAUUGAAGUUCAAAAGCAAGCAGAAACUUUGCAUGAUAAUUCUGCAAAGGCCUUCUACAAAGAGUUCCGUAAAGUUAUUGAGGCAGCAGAUGUUAUUCUUGAAGUCUUGGAUGCUAGAGAUCCCAUUGGAACUAGAUGUAAAACAGUUGAACAAGCUGUAUUGGAUGCAGGAGCAAACAAAAGACUUGUUCUCCUUCUAAAUAAAGCUGAUUUGGUUCCAAAAGAAAAUUUGACACAGUGGUUGAAAUACCUCAGGAAUGAGCUUCCUGCAAUUGCCUUCAAAGCCAGCACUCAAAUGCAAUCAACGAAACUUGGACGUGUUCGCAGUAAAUUUCUCAAAAGCAGUCAACCUGAAAUCCAAACUUCCAAUUGUUUGGGAGCUGACACUUUAAUGACUCUUUUGGGAAACUACGCUCGUAAUAAAGGAAUCAAAACCGCCAUACGAGUUGGUGUAGUCGGUUUGCCGAAUGUUGGUAAAAGCAGCAUCAUCAACAGCUUAAAACGCAGCAAAUCUUGCAAUGUCGGUGCCGUACCUGGAGUCACCAAGAUGAUGCAGGAAGUGGCCCUUGAUUCGAAAAUCAUGCUGUUAGAUAGCCCUGGCAUUGUCAUGGCCACAGGAGAUGCAUCAGAUACAACAAUCGCUCUCCGAAACGCUCUUCGUAUUGAUAAUCUGGAGGAUGCGAUUGCUCCGGUCGAAGUGAUUUUGAAACGUACCGGAAAAGAAUAUAUGAUGCUUCAGUAUGGUCUGAGCAAUUUUGAAACGACGCAAGAGUUUCUUUGCAUUCUCGCCAAGCGCACUGGUCAACUAAGAAAGGGAGCCGUUCCAGAUGUCUUGGGUGCUGCGAAGAAAAUUCUUCAUGAAUGGAAUACAGGAAAGAUCAAGUAUUUCACAUGCCCUCCGGAAACGUUUUCCCCGACUACCCAUCUCGCUGCUUCUAUUGUUGCUGACAUGGCUAAAGAGUUCUCUUUGGAUGACGCCGAUUUCAAUCAAAAGGAGACGAAUGACAUUGAACAAUUACCAUCUGUUAGACCAUCGACUACUGUAGCUGUUGAAACCAUGGGUAUCUUUGAGGGAAAAUCAGAUUCCCAGGAAGUAGAAUCAACCAUGGAAUGCGAUGACGAUGACAAAGAAUCAGAAUCCGGAAAAGAUGUUGCGCCGACAAAGGUUAAGAUAAGCAGUCUGAAAUCAGCCACUGGAAACAAGGAUCGCGUUAAGAAAAGUGUAGUGUUUCAGAAGAAAAGCAAUCCAGAGCUUCUUUUGCCCGGAAACCAACGUUCAAAUAAGGCUAAAAGAUUGCAGAUGAAGAAGGCGAAAAAGGAUCAUGCACGGCGAGAAAAAGUCGGUGAGAAACUGUCUUCAGAUAUGGAAGCGGCGUUUAGCGGUCUUGGAGCCAUGUAAUCGUUUCGCAUUUUGUAUCAAUAAAACUGACAUUAUGACGA